AUGAUUGCUCUCAUUCAGGUGUCCAAUUAUUCAACUAGGAGAUUUAUAUCCGGUUGUGCUUCAACAUUCAAAGGCGCAUCUUUGAAACCGCUUUUCACUCGAUUCUAUAGUCAAGUUUAUAGAUGUGGUGCUUCAACUACGGGUAGUAGAAGAACAUAUGGUCUGGAGAACUAUAAUUGUGCUGCUCCGAUCAUAACAUCUAGGAGAUUUGAAUCUAUUACUUCAAGCACUACAGGACAGAGGGUUCCUGAUUCUGUGUUGAACCUUAGUCCUACUCAAUAUAGACACUUGGCUGACGAAACGUUAGACACUAUUGCCACGGAUCUUGAAGAUUUAUUCGAAGAUAAAAACAUCGCCGAUGCAGAUGUUGAUAACAGCGCCGGAAUUGUGACAAUUACAACUGCCGAAGGAACCUACGUUAUCAAUAAACAGCCUCCAAACAAGCAAAUAUGGCUGAGCUCGCCAAUUUCAGGCCCCAACAGAUUUGAUUAUAUCAAAGGACGUUGGACAUCUUUAAGGAAGGGUGAAAAAUUAUUUGAUAUUCUUGAAAAGGAAGUAAGUGAUAUGUUUGGUGAGUUUGAGUUUACCGAGAAAUUUUAA